AUGAAGGCUGUGGAGAACGGCUCCACCUCAAUUGGUAUCAAAGCCAAAGAUGGCGUCGUAUUGGCUGUGGAGAAAAUCGUCAACUCCAAAUUGUUGGUGCCUGGCAAGAACAAAAGAAUACAGACCAUAGAUAGACACAUUGGAGUUGCAUACUCCGGCUUGUUGCCAGAUGGACGUCACUUCGUGAACCGUGGUCGUGAUGAGGCUAGCACAUACUCCAACAUGUACAAGGAGCCAGUCAGUAUCCCGCAUUUGAUGGACCGGUUGGGUCUCUAUGUUCAGAACUACACCUGUUACAAUUCUGUGCGUCCCUUUGGUGUUGUUUCUAUCGUUGGUGGUGUCGACGCCAACGGUCCACAUUUGUACAUGAUCGAGCCCAGUGGAACGUACUGGGGAUACACAGGCGCUGCCACCGGUAAGGGCAGACAGACCGCCAAGUCGGAGUUGGAGAAAUUGAAUUUCGAGGAGUUGACCGUGCGUGAGGCAGUGAAACACGCUGCGCGUAUCAUCCGCCAGGCGCACGAGGAUAACAAGGAUAAGGACUACGAGUUGGAAAUCACCUGGUGUUCUCUUGAAGAGACUGGUGGCCAGCACCAGUUCGUCCCCGAAGACUUGUUGCAGGAGGCAAUCAAGUUUGCGCAGGAGGAGGACGACGAGGACGACGAGGAUGAGGAGGACACCGAGAUGGCAACCUAA